UCUGCACACGUCACCGCCUAACCCGGAAGAGCAGUGACAGCUCUUGUCAAAAAUCCUUCAUCUCUUUUCUCGGAACUGCGAAAAAAAGCGUGCCAAGAAGCCCAGGAUUUGGACAGACUUGCAGCACUGACACACCUACAGACACAGAGACCUGACGGACAGAGUCCAGCUGGCUAGUUAUGGCAGCAGCGAGCGGAACAGAUGUGCGAGGCACUUUGAUCUAGGGUGCCUGUAGCUAUUUUGGAGUCUGGACGUUGUGCUGAGCCGGAUCCAUCGUUCUGCCGCUCUCCGUACGGCAGGUGUUCAAGAGGCGGCCAGCUUGACUGAUUAUUAGCCCUUCCCUUCCUCCAUCCCUCCCCCACACUGCCUCACCGCCUCACCCCACACCUGGCUGGUGCUCCUGCCCCGCUCAGGUCCUCUCUGCACCAACGCUGGCAAUGUCCAGAGUCCCAAGCCCCCCACCCCCUGCAGAAAUGUCCAGCAGCCCCGUGGCUGAAAGCUGGUGUUAUACUCAGAUCAAAGUGGUGAAGUUCUCCUACAUGUGGACCAUCAACAACUUCAGCUUCUGUCGUGAGGAGAUGGGAGAGGUCAUCAAAAGCUCUACAUUCUCCUCGGGAGCCAACGACAAACUCAAAUGGUGUUUGCGUGUGAAUCCUAAAGGUCUGGAUGAGGAGAGCAAAGACUAUUUAUCACUUUACCUACUCUUGGUUAGCUGCCCAAAAAGUGAAGUGCGUGCCAAGUUUAAGUUUUCUAUCCUCAAUGCCAAGGGAGAAGAGACCAAAGCCAUGGAGAGCCAGAGGGCGUACCGUUUUGUCCAAGGGAAGGACUGGGGUUUCAAAAAGUUCAUAAGGAGGGACUUCCUCCUGGACGAGGCCAAUGGUCUGCUGCCUGAUGACAAACUAACACUUUUCUGUGAGGUGAGUGUAGUGCAGGACUCUGUGAACAUCUCAGGUCAGAACACGAUGAACAUGGUGAAGGUUCCUGACUGCAGGUUGGCUGAGGAACUUGGAGAUCUGUGGGAAAGCUCCAGAUUCACCGACUGCUCCCUUUGUGUGGCCGGCCAAAAAUUCCAGGCACACAAAGCCAUACUAGCAGCUCGCUCGCCGGUGUUCAGUGCCAUGUUUGAGCAUGAGAUGGAAGAGAGUAAGAAGAAUCGUGUGGAGAUAAAUGACGUGGAGCCAGAUGUCUUCAAAGAGAUGAUGUGCUUCAUCUACACAGGCAAGGCCCCCAACCUGGACAAGAUGGCUGAUGACCUGCUGGCUGCAGCUGACAAGUAUGCUCUGGAGAGGCUGAAGGUGAUGUGCGAGGACGCUCUGUGCUCGAGUCUGUCGGUGGAGAACGCCGCAGAGAUCCUCAUCCUCGCCGACCUUCACAGCGCCGACCAGCUCAAGACGCAGACCGUGGACUUCAUCAACUAUCAUGCCGCCGAUGUGAUGGAGACAUCCGGCUGGAAGUCCAUGGUGAUCUCCCACCCUCACCUGGUGGCCGAGGCCUACCACUCCCUGGCCUCGGCCCAGUGUCCCUUCCUGGGUCCCCCGAGGAAACGCCUGAAACAGUCCUAGAGGUCCGGAGAGACUGUGCUGUCCCGAACCCUGCUGCGUCCUCCUGAACCGGCGACCUCACUGCUCCUCCCUCUCCGUCCUCCUUCUGCUCCCGUAGAGACGCCCGACACCGACGCCCGGGGCUCGGCUAGAUGACGCCGGGGGAGCUGAGAACCACAGGACUGGAGCCACAGAGGAGGUUCCACACAUCUCUGUAGGUAGGGAUUCAUUCAAGUCUGGAUAUUUGUGGGCUGGAAGCCAAAAGCCUCGACAAUAUCCUCACUCCGAGAGGCAGGCACGUAAAGAACCGAUCUUCUGGCUUGAAAAGUCACAGCUGAGUCCCUGUAAAUGCUAUUUUGUGGCAUUUAUAUUGUCUUGUACAGUGUUAACGCCCAAACUGCGCUUGUGAAAGGACACGUGAAGAGGAUCAACCAGCCAGAAAACACAAGACUGUUGUUCCCAUUGUUGAUGAUUUCAAUGGUGUUUGUUCAGUGUCAUGUUUUUCUAGGGCACAAAACAAUUCUCUCAAAUGGAAGAAGACAAAUCUGAACACGUUUUAAUGUUCACUGUGUCUUAAGCAGGCAGACGCUGUGUGGAUCUGGCCCCGUUUUAGCCCCGAACUUGAAUAAUUUUAGAAUCAGGAUGCAUUUCUGCAGUUUGAGUUGCAGUAAAAGUAUUUGAAUAAUCAAAGGAACGAUCAACAAUCUGCUUCUCAAGAUUUCUGGCAUGCUGUGUAUUUUGGUUGACAUGAAUGCUGCCAAAGGAACAGCUGUAACCUGUCAUGGGCUUGUUUUCAUAUUACUGGAGUAGUAGUUUACAUGUUGUCAUAUAUUUAUGAUCCGACCGCACAAUCUGGAUCAUCCAGUUGUCUGCAGCUCCACAUUUUUUCCAGUUACUUCUUUUUAUUUAUUUAUAGUAGAACUACACAUAGUGCUGCUGGCUUACUGUUUUUUUGUCAGCCCAAAUCAGCCACAACAUUAAAACCAAGUGAUGUAAAUAGCGUCAUCAUUUGACACUUGAACCCACUGCAAGAAAAGUGAUCACACAAUGAUCUGAAGCUCUCUGGAGCAGUUUCUCCCUGUUUUCUGCUCACUGUGGUCUCAUUUAUCGCUGCAGUAUCGAGUGUGUGCUUGGUGACAGUCAUAUUAGCAUAAACUCGAAGAAAAAAAUAAAAUAUAGUUGAAUUUUAAAAAAAUCCUUUAUUUUACAAAAAUGGAAAAACCUGAAACCAACACGUAAAGCAUUUUACGUGUCCACAGGUGUUACCGACACUGGAAAAAAUAUCCUCUACAUACUAAAGACAAUAUGCUUCUUAUAUUGAUUUUGUUUCCACACUUGUUUCCUGUCUGUUCUGUGUAAACACAACCUGCAGUUGAGCCAAAAUAGUUCAGAUUUUUUGUCAAGUAACUGUUGGUGACAGCUGAAUCACUGAUUUCUUUUUGUUUGUUUUUUUACAGCAUCUGGUUAGUGCAAUUAGUUUAUUUUUGGCCAUUUUUUAAAUGAUUUUGACUGUUAGAUUUGGUUAAUUUUCCCAAAGGAACAGUACGUCACUCAUGAUUAGCCUGAGGAAAGCUGAAGAUCUGAUGAUAUUUCUCUGAUUUUAGAGUUUGUAGAUGUAAAAAUUGGGAAGUUUUUGCAACAUUGGUAAAGACACACUACCAUUCAAAAGUUUGGGGCAAAAAAAGCAGUUUUUUCAGUGACAUUAGCAUUAAAUUAAUCAGAAAUGCAGUCUAGACAUUGUUAAUGUGGUAAAUGACUAUUCUAGCUGAAAACAGCUGAUUUUUAAUGGAAUAUCUCCAUAGGAGUACAGAGGAACAUUUCCAGCAACCAUCCUGUGUUCUAAUGCUACAUUGUGUUAGCUAAUGGUGUUGAAAGGCUAACUGAUGAUUAGAAAACCCUUUGUGCAGUUAUGUUGGCACAUGAAUAAAAGGGUGAGUUUUCAUGGAAAAUAUGAAAUUGCCUGGGUGACCCCAAACUUUUGAACAGCAGUGUAAAUGCCGGGUUCAGAGUGGAACAUGGAGAACAACCCCAAAAACCAGCUGCUUCCCCGAGAGUUUCUUUUUCUUUCUUUCUUUCUUUCUUUCUUUCUUUCUUUCUUUCUUUCUUUCUUUCUUUCUUUCUUUCUUUCUUUCUUUCUUUCUUUCUUCCUUCCUUUCUUUCCUUCCUUCCUUCCUUCCUUCCUUCCUUCCUUCCUUCCUUCCUUCCUUCCUUCCUUCCUUCCUUCCUUCCUUCCUUCCUUCCUUCCUUCUCUCUCUCUCUUUCUUUCUUUGGGUUCAUGCCUCUAGCAGGUCAGAACUGUUUUGGCAUUACCAGUGGAAACUCCAUAAAAUGUUGUGGCUGACUGGUGUAUAUUUUCUGGUUGUUUGGUUUGUAUAAGCUCUGUUUAAAGUGUCAUGGGACUAAAUUGGCUCAGCUGAGCUCCUAUAUCAUGACUGAUUAGUUGAUAUAUGCAAUCUGAACAGACAAAAUGUCAGAAAAUGGGAGUCGGAUCAUGGGUGUGGCACCAUUUAACACAACACUGAACAUUGUUGCAAACACAGUGUCUGCCUGGCAAACACACCUCUUUACCUUGGCCUUUUCACCCCAGUGCUUACCCCGCGACUGAAGCAAUGUUUUGCCCUCUAAACCUUUAAAAUACAUAUAUUUUCAAUUUUA